AUGGAUGCAACGGAAGCCCAAGGUCUGCUCGGCAAGCUUUUGUCUGUGCUCAAGGAUCCCGAAGAGAAGUUGCCGGAAGAGUGUGGAAUCUGUUUGGAGGUCUUUGCCGAGGACACAGCCGUUGUACUUCGUGGAUGCAAGCAUAUCUUUUGUCAUGGCUGUUUGGAGCAAGUUGAAACCACAACGUGCCCUCUGUGUCGAAAGCGUUUCAAGCAGUCAGAUCGAAUGAGCGUGGAGGACAUCAAGGUGGCAAUCAAGAAGACCAAGACCAAGACAAAGAAGAAUCUUGUGAAAGCCCAAAUUGAUGAUGCAGCGCCCAAGAUCAAGGUGCUGCUCGCGCACAUUGAGAACAUGGCAGCCGAUGAGAAAGGACUCAUCUUCUCGCAGUUCACAUCUUCGCUUGAUCUGAUUGAGGAUGCACUUGAAGAAGCCGGUCACACUUUCACACGCAUCGAUGGGAGCGUGGAUUCUGAGGGUCGAUUGGAGGCCAUGCGUGGACUGGAGUCUGAGGACGGUCCCCGAUUCAUGCUGGUGAGCUUGAAGGCUGGGGGCGAGGGAAUCACCUUGACUCGUGCCUCUAUAUGCUACCUGAUGGACCCAUGGUGGAAUGCAGCUGCGCAAGACCAAGCCAUGGAUCGCUGCCACCGCAUUGGACAAACCCGUCCAGUCCGCGUUUAUCAGCUCGUGAUGGAAGACUCCAUUGAACAGCGCAUGCUCUCUGUCCAGGAGGCCAAGACUGCCCUUGGAAACGGAUCUGUCCGAAAGCUCAGCAAGGAAGAAAGCAAAAAGGCCCGGCUUACAGCCCUUCGAGACUUGUUCCAGGUGAACAUUGCAGAGCAAAACUGGCAUGGUCACUUUGAUGAAGAUUUCGAACACGAUGAUGGCCGAGACUUGGAUGACUUUAUUGUUGGAGACGACGUUGAGGACUGA